GCACAUAUCAGUCAUGUACGUGGCUACGUGACGAAUCUGGAAAGCGAACACGAUUCCGGAAAACAACUAGCCUAUCUCCAUCAUGUCCAUAUGGAGUUUUAACUCCAUAUGGAGUUUUAACACUAAAAUUGUGAUUACGUGUACGUAACCUCCCCCAUCACCACCACAUGAAAAUGGAGGCCCAACAUUGCAUAUGGAUCGUGUUUUAUUUGUUAGCAAUUGAGAACUGGCCUUGUAAUUCUGUAAAUAUGGGCAGCACUUCGCUGUAUGAUCCUUCUGAUGACGUGUCUGUACUCAACAACAGCACUUUAAAAGGAGCAAUCUUUGGCUCCAAACAAGCUUGGUUUGUCCAGUUUUACUCCAGUUGGUGUGGUCAUUGUGUGCAUUUUGCUCCAACUUGGAAAGAAUUUGCAGGAGACAUCAAAGGUUGGCAGAGCAUUGCCAAAGUAGCUGCUCUCAAUUGUGCUGACCAGAACAACAAUAAGAUAUGCAGUCAAUAUAUUGACACUGGAUUUCCAACAUUGCGGCUUUUCAAUGCCCUACAGAAAAAUGGAACUGGGGAUGUAUACAAAGGAUCCCGAGAUGUGACUAGUCUAAGACAUGCACUGAUUGAGCACAUCUCCAAACAGAUCAGCUCACAGAACGCACCACCACACUGGCCAAUGCUCUCUCCAGUAAGCGUGCAAUGGUUGUUGACCUUUUAUUCAAGAAAUGUCAAACCAAAGAUGAAGAUUGUGGCGAUUGUUUUUGAGGACGCAGAUUCAUACACAGGUAGAGAGUUAAUCUUGGACAUGUCUAACACAAAAGAGGUACUGGUGGUCAGAGUGCUGCAAGAAGAACUUCUAAGGAACCCGUUACCACCUGAAUGGAACGUUGGAGAGUUACCGUCAUUGUUAAUUCUCAAACGGAAUGGACACCCAUCAGUACUUUGGAGGUCUGGAAAUAGAGAGUCCUUUUUCAAGGCUUUGCAAGAAUACAUACAGAAAACACUGCCUGCCUCAGAUAUCACGGGAGGGAGUCUGUCAAAGACAGGACAACGGCCAGAAACGUUGAAAGUACAAAAAGAGACAAGCUAUAUCACAAACGGGUCACAUAUUGAUGGAACCAAAGCAGGCCAGCAUCAAGGCAAGACACAAGCCAAGCCAAUUGCUAAUGAUACCUCCGGGAAAACUGCAGCAAGGUCUGUAGUAUACAUGGAAGAUUUGGAGUCUACGUUGAUUUAUUCACUCAAGUAUGAAGUUGGCCUUCAGAAAGAGAUUGGUGCUGAUGCUAUGGGCGCCCUUCAAGCAUACAUAGCUGUGUUGAACAAAUAUUUUCCUGGGCGUCCUGAUGUCAUGAAUACAUUAAAACAGCUGCAGAGAUUGCUUCAACCUUAUACUCAGCUGACAAGCGAUGAUUGGUCCAAUGUGAUGAAUCGACUGCAGACUUCUCAAGAUCCUGGGUACUUUUUGCAGAACGAAGUGACAUGGGUCGGUUGUCAAGGAAGUACACAGGUGUAUCGUGGGUACCCCUGUGGGCUGUGGGUUCUUUUUCACACACUGACUGUGAGCCAUGCGAGAUUGGAUUCACAUUAUCGGAAAUCUGACAGCAAAGAAGUCCUCCAUGCAAUGAAGGGAUACAUUCAUUACUUCUUUGGAUGCAGAGCUUGCAGCGAGAACUUUGCAAAGGAAAGUGUUCACCUGGAAUCCAGUGUGAGCACGUUAGACGAUUCGGUGCUGUGGCUGUGGCAGGUUCACAAUUCAGUCAAUAAACGUCUUGCGGGCGAUCUGUCGGAAGACCCUCAACAUCCUAAAAUAGCAUUUCCAUCAUAUAGCGAUUGCCCGACUUGUCACAACGUCAACAGUCCUAGACGAUGGAAAAAUACCAGGAUCUUGCAAUUCUUGAAGGAGUUGUACGGCGUUAACAACAUCGAUUUCGCGGUGAGCGGAGUUCGAUCAAAAGCACAUGAAUUGAUCACUGCUGAAACGUUGAAGCGUUUGAAUGUUGGUGCUACAGUGUCAUACGGAUACGCAAGGCUGGGUAUUGAUACAAGAGAUGUCAGUAUGUGCGUUUUACUCUACGCUCUGUGCUCGGUGUUGCUAGUUGUGAUAUUCAUAUAUGUCAAGCGAAGACGGAGAAGAAAACUGUUUCAAAACAAAUAUGGUGUCUGAGGAUUCCUAAUAGACCAAUCCAUUUAGCCCCGCCCAAAGGUCUCUUAUCCAAUCACAGCUGUGAUUAAUGUCCGACAUGUUUGCACAUAUAUACGUAUGAUGUGCGCAGCUGGAACAUGCGGUUAAGCAUUGGAGAGGCAUACGUGUUGUUUUCCAUGUGUGUAGUGGGCGGGGCCUAACGGAUUGGUCUAUUGGAAUAAGCCAAUUGCGAGUGACCUUUACCCUUUGGGAUUUAGAUUUGAAAAACAUCUGGUACACUGACUUGCUCAGAAUGCUUGGCACAUUUUAAAUAUGAAUUCUCCAGACCAA